AUGCCGAAGCCGCCGCAAGAAGGCCCGAACCCUUUAUUUACGCAAUGGCUGCAAGAAUGGCGCGACCAGGCCGCGGAGAGCGGCCGACUGAAGAGCCAACGCGCUUAUGAACGGGCACUGAGCUCUCUCCGCAAAUAUCCCCUCCCUUUGCGCAGCGGCUGUGAGGCUCGGAUCCUGAUGUAUUUCGGGGAGAAGAUCUGCCGUCAGCUGGAUGAACAGCUGGAGAGACACCGCAGCACCCAGGACGCUACAGCGCCGGCCGGUAUGGAAGGAGAGAGGCCUGGGAUCACUACAGGUGGGCCAAUCCCAACUUCUCUGUGGAAAAGUUGUGAAGAUGUGGACCAUCCAACUUCCAGCGACAGGCUGGUGUUACAACCGGCUCAGUCCUCUCUGGAGCCAGUUGAACAUCAAGAGCAAUGCUCAAAGAAAAAGCAGACUGUUCCACGGCAGCGGGCCCGGGCUUACGUGCCAACUCGGCGUUCUCCGGCUUAUGCGGUUCUGUUGGCACUCUACAAUCACACGGUGAAACCUGAUUCUCGGGGCUAUCUGAGCAAACCAGAGCUGCAGAAAACUGCUCAGCCACUGUGUGAUAAAUCUUUCUUUCUGGCCGAUUCUGGAAGUAAGAACACCGCCUGGUCUAUCGUCAGCACUCUGAUUCGCAAGGAGCUAGUCCUCAAGACUAACAUCCCAGCCAGGUUGAUUUUUUUGGGAUAUUCUCUGACCGAAGCAGGGCUGACCGUCGCCCGGGAGCUGCGGGCCUCUGAAGAACUGAAGGAAGACCAUUCCAGCACCCCAAAAACCGCAGCACCCCAAACAGGAGAAACCGCUUUGGAGCAAAACGACGGAAGAUCGUCGGGCUCCGAAAUUUCAGCCAGCAGCUCCACCGGCAAAUACAGCUGCCAAGAGUCGAACUCGGGGCUGUCCAAAGCCCAGUUGGUUUUGCGACCUGGACAAUUUGACGUGAUUCUUUGCGUGGAUUUCAUUGAGACAACAGGAUAUUCUCUGACCGAAGCAGGGCUGACCGUCGCCCGGGAGCUGCGGGCCUCUGAAGAACUGAAGGAAGACCAUUCCAGCACCCCAAAAACCGCAGCACCCCAAACAGGAGAAACCGCUUUGGAGCAAAACGACGGAAGCUCGUCGGGCUCAGAAAUUUCAGCCAGCAGCUCCACCGGCAAAUACAGCUGCCAAGAGUCGAACUCGGGGCUGUCCAAAGCCCAGUUGGUUUUGCGACCUGGACAAUUUGACGUGAUUCUUUGCGUGGAUUUCAUCGAGACGACAGGCGGACCUGCGUCCUGUAAACAGGAGCUGGUGCGCGAACUUCAACGUCACAACGUCCCGUUUAGCAUCCGGAAGCUUCACGUGGGGGACUUCCUCUGGGUGGCCAGAGAGAGGAGGACCCAGUUGCCGCCAACCACGGUUCGUGAGCUGGUGUUAGACUACGUGGUGGAACGGAAACGGAUGCCGGAUUUGUGUGGAAGCAUCAUCGACGGUCGCUUUCGGGAACAAAAGUUCCGCCUACGACAGUGUGGCCUUUCCCACCCCGUCUACUUGGUAGAAGAUGCGAAUUCCGUGCAACAUCUCAGUCUCCCCGAAAAGACGCUGCAACAAGCGAUUGUUAAUACUCAGGUGGUAGAUGGCUUCUUCGUCAAACGUACCCGUGACAUUCGGGAAUCUGCCGCUUAUCUGACCGUCAUGACCCGUCACUUGACCAGGCUGUACGAGGACAAAAUGCUUUUGAGCUGUACCAAACAGGAACUGGAGGACGAGCGCCCCCUGCAGCCCAGGGAGAGCACCUGCAGGCUUCUGACAUUUGCUGAAUUUAACGAAGGGGCUGUAAAGAACAAGGCACAGACGGUGUACGAAGUCUUUGCAAGGCAACUGAUGCAGGUCAGCGGCCUCAGUGGAGAGAAGGCGGCUGCCAUUUUGGAAAAAUACAAAACGCCUGCCAGCCUGAUGAAGGCUUACGCUGCGUGUCCGGAUGCAGAAAAUCAAGAGCAACUUUUGAGCACCAUCAAAUGCGGCCAAUUGCAGAGAAAUCUGGGUCCUUCUCUUAGCAAAACAUUGGCUCAGCUGUACUGCACACCCGGACCGCUGCCUUGAACAUCAAAAGGCUGUGAGAAGUGUGCACUGGCUCUGUGUG